AUGAGAAUUGCAAAUGUGCAAAAAAGUGGAAAGACCUACGUACAAUUAGUAAUAGCCCGUCUAUACAGAGACAAAGGAGCCGCCGCGGAAUACCCCCUCACCGGUUGGCUUCGUAAAAAUGGGAAGAGAAACUACUCCAUUGCGCGUCACGAACAAAGCGCAUCGGGAGGAAGCAAAAAAGAAGAUAGGACGUCGUGCGCGGACCACGAAAAACAUAUAAAGGACGCCUUCAUACAUACUGUGAAUCGAAGCCUAUCUGAAAAGACAAAACAACAAACAAACCUGCAUAGCCCCACUGACGCGUGCGAAGAAGUGAGGGAAAAACGAAUCAGGGAAAGCUUAAAGAAGUACAACUUAUUUAAUGUUUAUCUUGACAAAAUAGAAAAAGCAGCGAGGCAAAAUAAAAGAAAACAAAAAAUCAUCAACAUAAAUAGCGUCAAACAUUACGAUGAAUAUGUUCACAUGUUUGACAUAGAUUCGUUGCUAACUUAUGCGAACAGCAAAUUCAAGAUAUUUAAAAAUAAGAGGAAAUUUCCUGGGAACAAGGAUUUUUUCUCACACUUCCUAAAGAUACUUAUACAGCUGAACGGAAAAGGGAAGAUUCGCAAAGAGGGGGAGCCGAAUGCUUUUCCAAAUGUAGACCAUCAUAAAUUGUUCUACGAAUAUAUGACCGGCAACUAUGAUGAGGAUACUGAUAAAGAAAAAUUCGAUGCCCAAAAUGAUAUCAGCUUCGUGAAGAGCUUAAAUAUAUUUGGCGACAAAUUAGAGGAAAUAACGAGUGUAGACGAUGCAGAAAGUUUUUUUUUUCACAAGAAUUGGCCUAUCAAUAAAGGAUCAGCAGGAUCAGCAUAUCCAGAGGGGGAAGAAAAUGUGGACUCCUCCCCACACUUAAUAAAUGAAGACCUGCGCAAUUUUCCCACAUCGAGCAUUGCUCCCUCCAAUUAUUCCCAUGUGGGCGUAAAUGCUCCGCACGGUGAGAUAAUAGCGACAAACAAGUUUAAUUUCCUCAGUGACGAACCAGUGCAUGCCGAGUUGAAUAACCAUAGAAGCUUCGAAUACUUGACGUUUGCUAAGGCGUUUGUCCAUUUAUUAAAAAAUUUAAUAAAACACCUACAUGAUGAUGGGGUGGUCAGAUUAUUUAUUCACUGCUCCAGCAUGUUCGAUAGCGAAUGGGAUGAUAAGGAAGUGCUGUCAUUCUACACGGAAAUGUACAAACGGAUUCAUAAGAUGAAAAAUAUUUCAAACAAAAACAUAGCGUACAUUUUAAGCUCAUGCAGUAACUAUUGUUUAAGGGAGGAAAAUACGCUUCUCUUAAAAAAAAUAAAAAGAGACAUUCUGUUGAAUAGCACGUAUGCAAAGGCCGGCACAAGACGUUACUUAAAUAUAUAUAACGUCACUCCAUCCCAUUUGGAGAAUAUUAUUUACACAUUUUCAAAACAUAGGUUUAGAGAAAAAAAUUUGUUCGCACUGUUCAGCGAAAUUGUAAAGGAAAAGUUUCACGGGUUCUCUUGCAUAACUACGAUAAAUAUUUUAAAGAGCUACACCAUCUUGAAUUACGAAUCAUUAGUGUUUGAUUUUCUGUAUGUAAAAAUAAAGAGCUUUGAUUUCUUAUCCUUUACGAUGUGUAGGGGGAAAAAUGUGAUAAAGCUGAUGAAUACACUGCUGCUGAUUGAGCAUCGCAACUGCAGUUCGGUUGCUGGCGCAGAGAAAGUGACGUUCACCACAGGGAAAGACGGCAGUGCCAAGCGCAGUGCUUUAUUAACCGAUGAGGGAGUUUACACAGCGCUCUUGUCGGCCCUUCUGUACGAGCUGAAAACGUUUAAGGGGGAGGGCACCGACGGUAGCGAUGUAAGGGGAGGAAGCGGUGGAGGUGGUCGGAACGACCAGAGAGACCGAAGCAGUAAUGUUACCCACCGCACGUGCGCCCCCACAGGCGAGCACGCCAUUCUCAGCAUUUACAAAAAAUUACUGAGGCUGCAAAUAAUUGGCAUACAAAACAAAUCUGACCUGGCGUUUCUAAAAAGUAUACUGAAGAGGACGUACGGCAAGCUGCACGUCGACCAGUUGGACGAUUAUUUUGUGUUUUCAUUCAUUAACAUGAAUUUGAACAAAAUUAAUUUUCAUAAGUUAGUUUUUACAUUACUAACGUAUAAUAAUUUAAUUGAGGGGAACAGACUCUUAAACAAUUAUACACAAACAAAAAAAAAGUUUAUCUAA